AUGUGGCAAAAACCAUGUGAAACUUGUACCUCAUGCAACACCUCACGCAUGCAGCCCAACACGUUGCACCUUCUGCAUCUCUUUUUAUACCUCGUUUUCCCAGCCUCAAUCCACCCCAACAACUUCCCAUCCCAACCCCUCCGAAAAUUACUCAAAUACCCUCCUCUCCCCAAACCCCAACUUCACGCGCCGCCGCCGCCAAUGGCCGAUCGAGACCGCCCGCAGCCCCACCAAAUCCAGAUCCACCCCCAGCCCCACUACGGCCGCUACGAGGGCGGCGCCAAGUCCAUCCUCCCCCAGAAGGGCCCGUCCACCGGCCAGAUCCUUGCCGUCGUCGCCCUCCUCCCCGUCACCGGCACCCUCCUCGCCCUCGCCGGCCUCACUCUCGCCGGUAGCCUCGUCGGACUCGCCGUGGCCACCCCGCUGUUCGUGAUCUUCAGCCCCGUCCUCGUCCCCGCCGCCAUCCUGGCCGCCGGCGCCGUCACGGCGGUCAUAACGUCGGGGGCCUUCGGGCUGACGGGGCUCUCGUCCCUGUCGUGGGUGGUGAACUCGUUCCGGCAGGCCACCGGGAAGGAUCCGCUGGAUUACGCGAAGCAGCGCGUACAGGAAGGGACCGUUUAUGUGGGCGAGAAGACCAAGCAAGUUGGGGAGACGAUUAAGAGCAAGGCAGCGCCGGAGACCGGAGGGCGAGAAGGCGGAGCCGCCGGCCGGACCUGA